AUGGAAAACCCCUUUGGCGCCUUGGAGACAAAUAACUUCCGCCCAUUCACUCCUGAAUCUCUGGCCGCCAUUGAAAGGCAGAUUGCAGAGGAGAAGUAUCUGAAGGAGAAGAAGAAGAAUCUCCUCAUCAUGGUGACUAUCCUGGUCAACUGUGUAUUCAUGACCCAGAGUGAAACGCCAUAUGAAGUCGAGUACGUCUUUACAGGUAUUUACACAUUUGAAUCCUUAUUAAAAAUAUUGGCCCGUGGAUUUUGUCUGAAUGAAUUCACCUAUCUUAGAGAUCCAUGGAACUGGCUGGAUUUUGGUGUGAUUUCCCUGGCAUACACCACUGAAUUUGUGGACCUGGGCAAUGUCUCAGCCUUACGAACCUUCCGAGUCCUCCGGGCCCUGAAAACUAUAUCGGUCAUUUCAGGCCUGAAGACCAUCGUGGGGGCCUUGAUUCAGUCCGUCAAGAAGCUCGCGGAUGUGAUGGUCCUCACUGUGUUCUGCCUAAGUGUCUUUGCCCUCAUAGGUCUCCAACUCUUUAUGGGCAAUUUACGGAAUAAAUGUGUCCGGAACUUUACCAUCCUGAAUGGGACAAAUGGCACUGUUGUGUCCGAUGACCAAAUCUGGGAGUCGGUGGAGAUGUACAUCAGCAGCCCAGAAAACUAUUUGCUGAAGAACGGAACCUCCGACGUGCUACUGUGUGGGAACAGUACAGACGCAGGGUCAUGUCCAGAAGGUUACCUCUGUCUGAAGGCUGGAGAAAACCCCGAUCAUGGCUAUACCAGCUUUGACUCUUUUGGCUGGGCCUUCCUCGCUCUAUUCCGCUUGAUGACUCAAGACUGUUGGGAGCGUCUCUACCAGCAGACACUGAGGUCUGCUGGAAAGAUCUACAUGAUCUUCUUCAUGCUGGUCAUCUUCCUGGGCUCCUUCUACCUGGUGAACCUGAUUCUGGCUGUAGUAGCCAUGGCCUAUGAGGAGCAGAACCAGGCCACAAUUGCUGAGACCGAGGAGAAGGAGAAGCGUUUUCAGGAGGCCAUGGAGAUGCUGAAGAAGGAGCAUGAGGCCCUGACAGCCAGGGGCAUGGACACCGUGUCCAGGAGCUCCUUUGAGAUGUCCCCCCUCGCCCCAAAGACAGUACCAGACAGAAGGAGCCGGAGAAGGAAGAGACAGUCCUCAGGGACAGACGAAGGCGGGGAAGACCGAUUCCCCAAAUCGGACUCAGACGAUGGUCCUCGGAGAACGACCCUUCUGGGCAUCAACCACGCCCCCCACAGAAGCUCCCUGAAGCGCCGGUCCAGUCACGGCAGCGUCUUCACCUUCCGGCGGAGGGACCUGGGCUCAGAGACGGACUUCGCCGACGACGAGAUCAGCACUCCUGGGGAGAGCGAGAGUCACCGGGCGUCCCUGCUGGUGCCCUGGCCCGCGCGGCGCCCCAGUGCCCAGAGCCAGCCCAGCCCGGGAGUCCCCGGCGUGCCCAGCCUCCUACACAACGGCAAGAGGAACAGCGCCGUGGACUGCAACGGAGUCGUGUCCCUCUUGGCCUCGGGGGUGCCGGAGGCCACGCCCCCCGGGGGCAGCCUGCUCUCCUCGGUGAUUCCGGAGAAGCCCCGCCCCCCUCCGGACACGACCUCCAUGUCGGAAGAAGUGAGCAAGAAGCAGCUGCUGAUGCCGCAGCGCCUGUCCCUGGAGUACUUCGAGGAGCCCCACGAGCGGCAGCGGGCGCUGAGCGCCGUCAGCGUCAUCACCAGCGCCCUGGAAGAGUUGGAGGAGUCGCACCGCAAGUGUCCCCCCUGCUGGAACCGCUUCGCCCAGAACUACCUGAUCUGGGAGUGCUGCCCGCUGUGGCUCUCCAUCAAGAGGAACGUCAAGUUCGUCGUGAUGGACCCCUUCACCGACCUCACCAUCACCAUCUGCAUCGUCCUCAACACCCUGUUCAUGGCACUCGAGCAUUACAACAUGACUCCCGACUUCGAGGACAUGCUGCAGGUUGGCAACCUGGUGUUCACCGGCAUCUUCACCGCAGAGAUGACCUUCAAGAUCAUCGCGCUGGACCCCUACUACUACUUCCAGCAGGGCUGGAACAUCUUCGACAGCAUCAUCGUCAUCCUGAGCCUCAUGGAGCUGGGCCUGUCCCGCAUGGGCAACCUGUCGGUGCUGCGCUCCUUCCGCCUGCUGAGGGUCUUCAAACUGGCCAAGUCGUGGCCCACCCUGAACACGCUCAUCAAGAUCAUCGGGAACUCGGUGGGCGCGCUGGGGAACCUGACGCUGGUGCUGGCCAUCAUCGUCUUCAUCUUCGCCGUGGUGGGCAUGCAGCUAUUCGGGAAGAACUACUCGGAGCUGCGGCACCGCAUCAGCGACUCGGGCCUGCUGCCACGCUGGCACAUGAUGGACUUCUUCCACGCCUUCCUCAUCAUCUUCCGCAUCCUGUGCGGGGAGUGGAUCGAGACCAUGUGGGACUGCAUGGAGGUGUCGGGCCAGUCGCUGUGCCUGCUCGUCUUCCUGCUCGUCAUGGUCAUCGGCAACCUGGUGGUGAGUGAGCGCCCGGCCGGCUGGGGCAGGGACGAGGGGCGGCAGGAAAGGGGAAUGCUCACCGGCCCCCGGCAGGGCGCCUACCUGUCUCACAGUCCUGGUGAUGUGUCCUCGCCCUCACCGGGCAGCGAGAUGGUUGGCAAAGGCCAGCAUGGUGCCUCCCUGCCCUCCCGAGAACAAAAGGCGACAAUUAUCUGUCUGCAUGGCGGCCGUGGGAGGAUCUCGGGGAUUGCUGGGGAGUGUGGGGGCUGCCGGCACAGCGGAGCGCCAGGGCUGGGCUCCUGCCAGGUGCUCCGGGCGCCGUGCCUGGCCCAGCACGUCCCUUCUUUUGAUCCUGGCAAAGACAAGGCUGUACCUGCGAGCCGACGUCCCAGGAAGCCAAGAGCACCGGAGAGCACCGGAGAGCCAGGAGCCUUUGGCGUUACGGCGGAUCGUCGCAGGGGCCAGAAGGACGACGUCUUUCGCAGUCAUCGUUACUGUACGUCGUUCUCCUCAUUUCACUUCACGCCAGUCACUGCCUUCGAGGACAUCUACCUGGAGGAGCGCCGGACCAUCAAGGUGCUGCUGGAGUACGCCGACAAGAUGUUCACCUACAUCUUCGUCCUGGAGAUGCUGCUCAAGUGGGUGGCCUACGGCUUCAAGAAGUAUUUCACCAACGCCUGGUGCUGGCUGGACUUCCUCAUCGUGGACGUCUCUCUUAUAAGCCUUGUGGCAAAUACACUUGGCUUUGCAGAAAUGGGUCCCAUUAAGUCACUGCGGACGCUCCGUGCUCUGAGGCCCCUGAGAGCCCUGUCACGAUUCGAAGGCAUGAGGGUGGUGGUGAAUGCCCUGGUGGGUGCCAUCCCGUCCAUCAUGAACGUCCUGCUCGUCUGCCUCAUCUUCUGGCUCAUCUUCAGCAUCAUGGGGGUGAACCUCUUCGCGGGGAAGUUCGGCAGGUGCAUCAACCAAACCGAGGGGGACUUACCCCUCAACUACACCUUCGUGAACAACAAAAGCGAGUGCGAGCUGUACAACGUCACUGGGGAGCUGUACUGGAUCAAGGUGAAGGUCAACUUUGACAACGUGGGAGCCGGUUACUUGGCCUUGCUGCAAGUGUGUGAAGAGCAGCCGCAGUGGGAGUACAACCUGUACAUGUACCUCUACUUCGUCAUCUUCAUCAUCUUCGGAUCUUUCUUCACCCUGAAUCUCUUUAUCGGUGUGAUCAUUGACAACUUCAACCAACAAAAGAAAAAGUUAGGGGGGCAAGACAUCUUCAUGACCGAGGAACAGAAGAAGUAUUACAAUGCAAUGAAGAAGCUUGGGUCCAAGAAGCCUCAGAAGCCAAUUCCUCGGCCCCUGAACAAAUACCAGGGCUUCAUCUUUGACAUCGUCACCAAGCAGGCCUUCGACGUCACCAUCAUGUUCCUCAUCUGCCUCAACAUGGUGACCAUGAUGGUGGAGACGGACGACCAGAGCCCGGAGAAGAUCAGCAUCCUGGCCAAGAUCAACCUGCUCUUUGUGGGCAUCUUCACGGGCGAGUGUGUCAUCAAGGUCAUCGCCCUGCGCCACUACUACUUCACCAACAGCUGGAACAUCUUCGACUUUGUGGUCGUGAUCCUCUCCAUCGUGGGAACCGUGCUCUCGGACAUCAUCCAGAAGUACUUUUUCUCGCCGACGCUCUUCCGGGUCAUCCGCCUGGCCCGGAUCGGCCGCAUCCUGCGGCUGAUCCGAGGGGCCAAGGGGAUCCGCACGCUGCUCUUCGCCCUCAUGAUGUCCCUCCCUGCCCUCUUCAACAUCGGCCUGCUGCUCUUCCUGGUCAUGUUCAUCUACUCCAUCUUCGGCAUGGCCAACUUCGCCUACGUGAAGUGGGAGGCCGGGAUCGACGACAUGUUCAACUUCCAGACGUUCGCCAACAGCAUGCUCUGCCUCUUCCAGAUCACCACGUCCGCCGGCUGGGACGGGCUCCUCAGCCCCAUCCUCAACACGGGGCCCCCCUACUGCGACCCCAACCUGCCCAACACCAACAACUCGCGGGGGAACUGCGGGAGCCCGGCCGUGGGCAUCCUCUUCUUCGUCACCUACAUCAUCAUCUCCUUCCUGAUCGUGGUCAACAUGUACAUCGCCAUCAUCCUGGAGAACUUCAGCGUGGCCACGGAGGAGAGCACCGAGCCGCUGAGCGAGGACGACUUCGACAUGUUCUACGAGAUCUGGGAGAAGUUCGACCCGGAGGCCACGCAGUUCAUCGAGUACUCGGCGCUCUCAGACUUCGCCGACGCCCUGUCCGACCCGCUGCGCAUCGCCAAGCCCAACCAGAUCAGCCUCAUCAACAUGGACCUGCCCAUGGUCAGCGGGGACCGCAUCCACUGCAUGGACAUCCUGUUCGCCUUCACCAAGCGGGUGCUGGGGGAGUCCGGGGAGAUGGACGCCCUGAAGAUCCAGAUGGAGGAGAAGUUCAUGGCGGCCAACCCGUCCAAGAUCUCCUACGAGCCCAUCACGACGACGCUGCGGCGCAAGCACGAGGAGGUGUCGGCCACGGUGAUCCAGCGGGCCUUCCGCAGACACCUGCUGCAGCGGUCCGUGAAGCACGCCUCCUUCCUGUACCGCCAGCAGACCAGCGACGGCACCCUGUCCGGGGACGACGCCCCCGAGCGCGAGGGCCUCAUCGCCUCCACCAUGAACGAGAACUUCUCCCGGCCGUCGGGCCCCUCCGGCUCCGUGUCCUCCACGUCCCUGCCGCCCUCCUACGACAGCGUCACCAGAGCCACCAGCGACAACCUCCAGGCCCGGAUGUCCGAGUACAGCCAGACCGACGACUUUGCGGACGAGCCGACGUCCCCAGACAGGGACCGCGAGUCCAUCGUGUGA